GAUCCAAAGUCUGGGAGAGAACUUGUUGCCAACAUGAAAACAAUUAUUGCAGCCUAUUUCCAAAAUCGUAGUGGGAGCCGUGCCAGCAUCCAGGCCGCCCUGCAUACUCUGCUCACCGUGCCCUGGCCCUCGCAGCGGGAGUUCCGAGCAUGCAUCCAGCUCCUCUCAGUUUUACAGUGGGUCCUCAGCUUCUUGCUGAUGGGAAUCGUCUUCCUGUUUCUCCUCGUCUAUUUGGUUUUCACCAGUUUCUGGCCAGUUUCUGCUCUAUACUUUGCCUGGGUAAUCUUUGACUGGGACGCACCGGAGCAAGGUGGGAGGAGGUCGGCGUGGGUGCGAAACUGGCCUGUCUGGAAGCAUUUCCGAGAUUAUUUCCCUAUUCAGUUAGUGAAGACUCACAGCCUCCUCCCCGGUCACAAUUAUAUCAUUGGCGCACACCCCCAUGGGAUCCUCUGCGUUGGGGCCUUCUGCAACUUCAUCACCGAGUCCACUGGCUUCUCUGAGAAGUUCCCCGGCAUCAGACCCUUCCUGGCCACACUGGCUGGCAACUUCCGGCUGCCUGUCUUCAGGGAGUACCUGAUGAGUGGGGGCCUGUGCCCUGUGACGCGCCAGGCAAUAGGGUACCUGCUCUCUCAGAAUGGCAGUGGGAACGCUGUGGCCAUCGUAAUUGGAGGUGCGGCCGAGUCACUGUCUUGCCAGCCAGGAGUCACCACAUUAAUCCUCAAAAACCGCAAAGGCUUUGUUCGGAUGGCGCUGCAGCAUGGGGCACACCUGGUUCCUGCCUUCUCCUUCGGUGAGAACGACCUCUUCCGGCAGGUGGUUUUUGAAGAGGGCAGCUGGUUGAGGGGCAUUCAGAAGAGGUUCCAGAAGCUGGUGGGCUUUGCUCCCUGCGUCUUCUAUGGACGGGGUUUAACCUCUAUCCAAUCCCGAGGCUUCCUGCCCUACCCGAAACCUAUCACCACUGUCAUAGGAGAACCUGUGACGGUGCCCAGGAUCAAGGAGCCGAGCCACGAGACGGUGGAUCUGUACCAUGCUAUGUACAUCCGCUCCCUGCUCAAACUCUUCAAUGACCACAAAGCCAAGUAUGGCCUGUCGGAGGCGGACGAACUGAGGAUCUUGUGACUGAGGCCAGAGAGAAGCCAGGGGACUUUGGGCAGCCAAGCCCUAACUCUCAAGGGCUGCCUGCUCUUGGAGGUGGGAAUGGCAGCUUACCUGGCAGGAUGGGGGCUCUCAGGGACAUACUGUUCACCCCAACUACUGCUUGCCCUCUACCCCAGUGCCUUACUCACUUGUCCCCUUGGUGCUGCCCCAGCCUCUGCCUCUGUUUGUUCCCUCCAGAAGAUGAAUGAAGGAAGGAGGGAGCUCCCUGCUUGU